AUGAUGAUGACGUGCCGUCUGCUGUGCGCCCUGUUGGUGGUUGCCCUGUGCUGCUGCUGCCCGUCCGUGUGCGUUUCAGAGGAAGCUGCCGCUCAGCCUGUGCCUGAAGGGUCUUCCAAUACGACCACGACGACGUCCACAACAAAACCACCAACUACGACCACAACGACCACAACAAAGGCGCCAACCACGACGACCACGACGACCACCACUACAACAGAGGCACCAAGCACUACGACUACGGAGGCGCCAAGUACUACGACCACCCGCGCACCGUCACGUCUUCGCGAAAUGGACGGCAGCCUCAGCAGCUCUGCGUGGGUGUGUGCCCCGCUGGUGCUCGCCGCAUCCGCGCUGGCGUACACCGCUGUGGGCUGA